AUGAACGAAUCUCUGGAUAUCGAAAACGCAAAGGCCAAGUUGAAGUUGGUGUUCUCCUUUUGGGAGAGUUCGGAAAACAAAAGCUUCUCGCAAAGCAACGCAUUCUGCGUUUUAUCGGGAAAGUCGAGCAAGGAGGAAAAUGCCACGACGCAGGAGCAGUUCCAGAUGUGGCUGAUGGGGUACCAACUGACGGAGACAUUUUUUCUCUUCCUGAGCAAGGAAAAGUUAAUCAUCCUGACAAGUGAUAAGAAGAAAAAAUUCCUCCAACCGUUAUUGGAUAGUGUGCAAAAUGUACAUGUAAUGGAAAGAAGUAACGACAACUCGGAUAAUUUUGCGAAAAUAAAAGAAAUGAUAAAUGACACAGGAACGGAUGAAAUAGCCAUUCUAAAAGAUAAAGAUGCCACAGGAAAUUUUUUUGAAAGUUGCUACGGUUUUAUAAAAAGUUUAGAAAUACCUCAGAUAGAUGUGAAUAGUGAAUUGAAGUUUUUGUUGAAUUUUCGAUCCGAGUCAGACAUGAAAAUACAGAAAAGUGGAAGCGACAUUGCUUGCAUAAUCUUAAAAAAUAUUUUAAUAACGACAAUUGAAAAUGCGCUAGACAGUGAAGAAUUCCAAAGUCACGAUAAGAUAAAAGACAAAGCUUUAAAAUUUCACGAAAAUAAAAAGUGCGUUUUAAAAUUGAAGGAGAAGCUGAAAGUUGAUAUAGACGAUAUAGAUGUUAUAUACAGCAAUGUACAAAGUGGAAAUCAAUUCACCUUAAAUUAUAAAAAUAGUAGUAAUAAAAAUUACCUCUCCCAGAAUGAAGGUACCAUAUUAGUCGGGGUUGGAGUCAAAUACAAGGAGUUGUGUUCUAAUGUGAAUAGAACACUUUUGCUAAAUGCCAAAACGCAACAUAAGGAAUUGUACAAUUUCACUUUGGCCAUCGAAAAGUACAUUAUUAAGGAAUGCCUCCAGGUAAAUAGCACUUAUUCAGAUGUGUAUAAGAAGGCCAUUAGUUUUAUCAAAAAAAAUAAACAGGAUUACUCUACCUUGAGUCAGAUCGAUUUGGAAGAUUAUUUUGUGAAAUGCAUUGGACAUGUCAUUGGAAUUGAAUUUAUGGAGAAAGAGUUUCUCAUCACGGAAAAUAACAACACAGGAAUUAUACAGAAAAAUACAUCCUAUAAUUUAUCUGUUGGAUUCGAAAACGUGCCCGGCAAUGACAAAAACAAUUUUGCCAUCUGGAUCAGCGACACAGUGUGCAUUAAUGAUAACGGUGAAGUGAACAUUCUUACCGACUCCAUCAGCAAAGAAAUCAACACUAUAUCCUAUGAAUUGGAGGAUAGCAAAAGUGAAGAAGAAAUGGAUAACAACGUCAAGAGUGAAAAGAAAGAACAGAAUGCAGAAUAUCAAAAAAAAAAAACUGGCAUUUCUGCUAGUAUUCUAAACAACGCAGCCAGUGUUAUCGUUUCUGAUAGACUCAGGAGGAGGAACAAAAAUUCACUUGCACACAACAAUGAACAAGAAAUGGAAGAACUGAACAAAAGGCAAAGUGAACUUAAGGAGAAAAAAAUGAACGAAAUAAAAAUUCGCUUCUCCAAAGGAACCAGCGAUUAUAAAGAUCCAAAUAAAAAAAAUAUUAAAAAGUUGGAAGAUGUAAAAGCGUAUAAUGAUGUUGAUCUCCUUCCUAGAGAUUUACGGCCCAAUAUAAUAUCUAUAGAUAAUAAACAUGAAUGCAUUUUACUUCCCAUCAACGGUGCACAUGUCCCCUUCCACGUUUCUACCAUAAAAAAUCUUAGUUCCAAUUAUGAAGACAACAACGAUAUAUAUGUUCUCCGUAUUAAUUUUCAAGUACCAGGUGGCCAAGGGGUUCUGAAAGCAGAUUUCAAUACAUUCCCUACCCUACAGGAAAAAGAAAUGUACAUCAAAGAAUUGAUAUUUAAAUCGAAUGAUGAAAGACAUUUCCAAAAUAUUGUAAAACAAGUGAAGGAUCUCAUUAAACACGUCAGGCAGAAGGAAGUAGAAGCAGAUGUUAAUGAUCCUGAGCAUGCUCAAGAGAAACUUGUUCUGAACAAAAGUGGAAGAAGAAUUAUUCUUAGAGAUCUUAUGACCAGACCAAAUAUUUUUACAGGAAGAAAAAUUUUAGGAACCCUGGAGUUGCAUACCAAUGGGCUUAGAUACUCAGCCAACUCUCGAGGAACGACAGAACAUAUUGAUAUCCUCUUCGACGAUAUCAAGUACGCCUUUUAUCAACCUUCUGAUGGGCAAUUAAUUAUUCUUAUCCAUUUCCACUUGAAGAGGUACAUCAUGGUGGGAAAAAAAAAGACACUAGACGUGCAGUUCUACUGUGAAGCAGGAACACAAAUUGAUGAUCUGGAUAGAGCCAAGGCAAGAAACGUCUACGACCCAGAUGAAAUGCAUGAUGAAAUGAAAGAAAGAGAGCAAAAAAAUCGACUAAAUCUUAUUUUUAAAAAUUUUGUACAACAGAUGCAAGAUGCAUCAAAAAUAGAAUUCGAAAUUCCAUACCCUGAAUUGACAUUCUCUGGAGUCCCAAACAAAAGCAAUGUAGAAAUUUUUGUCACUGCAAAUACAAUUAACCAUCUCGUGGAGUGGCCACCCUUUAUUCUCUCCGUUGAAGAUAUCGAAAUUGCUUCCCUAGAAAGAAUCCACCAUGGGUUACGUAAUUUUGAUAUGAUAUUUGUAUUUAAGGACUACACCAAACCGGUAAAGCGCAUUGAUGUUAUCCCCACGGAGUACAUCGAUACCAUCAAGAAGUGGCUGACCACCAUUGACAUCGUCUUCUACGAGGGCAAGAACAACCUCCAGUGGGGAAAUAUUUUGAAGACCAUUUUGGCUGACAUCGACUCGUUUGUCGAAUCGAAGGGCUUCGACGGGUUCCUCGGCGACGACGAUGACGAGGAGGAGCAGUCCGCGGAAGAUGAGGAUGAUGAUGACGAGUACGAGCUGGACGAAUCUGAAAUGAGCGCGGAGGAUGACAGCGACUACGAUGACAGCGAAGAUGAGAGCCUCGCCACGGAGAGCGACGGCGAGGGAGAAGUCGAAGAAGAUUCCGAGGAUGAGGGGCUUUCUUGGGAUGAGCUCGAGGAGCGGGCCAAAAAGGACGACAAGAAACGAUUCGCUUACAAAAGCGACGAAGAUGAAGGAUACAAUAAGAGGAAGAAAAAGAAAAAGAAUUAA